AUGGGUGGUAAAUGCGAGGGUGAUUUUUUUUCUUUGAACGAAGGUAAUGUCCUAAAUAGUUUUUUUGUUUCAUGUGUGCGGCUACGAUUCACUCCUCUCAACUAUGAAUUGGAAAGACGCACGGUACAUCUGCUCCGACAGAUGCUAAUGAGCUCUUUUAACCAAACACGCGCUUGGGAUGCACUUAGAAGGACGCAGCUGCUUAAUCUUGUAGUAGAAGCUCUGGGAUCACGUUCACGACUACAUUCUCUUGCGUCUGAAAGUACCAUUCUUGAAGAUUAUAUGCGAGUGAUAGAGCUUGCCGCUGAAGCGAAUGCCUUUGAGUGUAUGCGCCAAAUUACUCUCGACGGGAGCACUGACGCUGGAUUGUUUGCCUUUUUUACACUUUUGGUAAGAAUUCCUUUGCUUGAUGGAGGGUUAAACCUUCAUCGCACCUGUUUAAAUUCAUACGUGCGGACCAUUUUGCUUUUGUUGUCGGAUGCGAGGAGUUGUAUUCUCCUAACCCGCAUGAGGCUCUCACCGAUGCAGUUGCUUCUUAAUUCACUCGCCCAAACCCCUUUAGAUCGGCAAGAUGUCUCUCUUUUUGGGUUCCGAGGCAUAGUUCAGAUCCUGCUGGGCACUUCUCAGUUGACCAAAAUGUGGGUGGAGGAUUUUGCCAAUUUCGAUGGUCCAGCAAAGUGUCUAUCGACCAUUAUUCAAUGGUGCAGCAUGAACGAAGACUUAAGCGCUCCCCUGUGUGAGAAGAGCACACUGCUGUUUGAUAUUCUUUGUCUUUUUCUUUCGCUUCCUGAUAGUGGAAGAUUGCCUUGUCACUCGCUUUACAUCUACCUCAUGUCUUUUCAUUGGGAAAUGGAAGAAAUGGAGCCCGAUCCAUCAGUUUAUAAAUCCACAUUGGGCUUCUUCGGACUUAGGCUUCUUGUGCGGGCCGCUCUUGUAGCCAUGAAACGUCGGCGUUUGUUAUUUUAUUACCUUUGCCGACUCCUCACCUGUGCAAUUCGCAUCGGUAACGCUGACAUUGUGGCGGCUGGGCUUGUUAGUGGGGAUAUGGUGGAUGUGCUAAGGCGAUAUAUGUAUUACUGCUCUGAGAUGGAAGAAGUGGAUGUGGGAAGUGUGAUAGCGACCAUAGUGCGUCUGAGCCUGAUGGUAUGUGCCUCGCAGACGAGGUACGUAAAACAAAAAAAUGGAGGCUUUCGGCUUUGCGCUCUUGUAGUGGAGCUUGCCUCGAGUCCCAACACGAGGACUCUGCGGUAUACUAUUCAAACCCUCACUCUGUUGGCCGGCCUUGGGAAUGAAGCGUUCUUUUUCACCAAGCUCGUUUCCGCAGGGCUGUUUGAAGAACUUAGUAAACGACUUCAAUAUUUAUCUAGUCCAGGUGAAAUUCAGUUGGUGAUCGAGUUGUUAAAGGAAGUUUGUACAAGGGUGCCUUCCCUGCAAGGAAGGUUUUUACGGAUUUCCGAUACUAUCGUUGACUUGAUGCAAAAUGAGGUGAAGAAUGGACCGAGACUUCUUCUGGAGUCUGCCGAUUUAUUGUCUCUUGUAAUGGUGCAGUCCCGAGAGGGUGAGUCAAAAAUUCAAAAAUCAUUGCAGCGGCUGCUCACUCAGACAAACUUUGAGUCCAUCGGGUCCAUCAUAACCAGUUGUUGGGCGUUACAGACAUGUAUACGGUCUGUGAAUCUAUGUUCAGCCGCACGAGUGUUUGAUCUGACGGAAGUUGAGAGUAUAUUAGUUUGCUUUAGAGACCUUUGUGUGAGUAUGGGCUCCAUCUUUUGUUUAAAGUUGAGGAACUUUGAUUUUUGCGUCUUGUAUGAUGAAAUGAGCGCCUACCACCGUCAUCAGAGGGAUGCGUGCGGGACGGAGCAGCAGCCGCAGCAGAGGUAUCUUCUUAUGUGCGAUUUUUUAUUACUUGUAACGCAUCUUAUAAGUCUUCUUCAUGUAAAUGCCCCAGAGAAAUCCAGAAUAGUCCUUUCUCGUAAGCUUGAAGAGAUCAUUGUUGCCGGACCGUUUCUUCAGUGCCGAUUGUAUACAUCUAUUAUUACCCGGGCAUUUUUGGGAAUGUGCUCAGUUAGCUCUUUUGUUCUUUUGGGCAAAAUUCAAGCUUCAAAGGAGCCCUGUAUUGACGUUUCUGUGACACGUCAGAAUUUAACAUCUGGGUGGAAACUUUGCACUUCCUACGGGGACGAUUUAUUUGCGUGUGAGAAGCAACGUAUUGUCUUUCCCGAGUAUCUCCAAAGUUUGUUUAAAGUGCUCUAUCGACAAUCGCAAACGGCAGAGCAAGCCUUACUAGGGGCGUCAAUAAUAUAUCUUCUUCUUGAUAUUUACUCCAACUGCUUGGAAAACAUUUACGCCCUGGCGGAGAGAAGGACGGUGACACUGUUGUCAGAGAUAUUGGCGGUGACAAUUGCAGGGAAUGAAGGAUGCAUGAAAAAAUGUAUUCAACAACUCGUCACAGUUACACAGAAGUUGGGUGCAUGCGGCUUUAGUCAUCAUGCACUGCUUUUCUUGAUACAAAUGUGUUUGCGUAGACGCACGGUGGAUUCUGUGGAGUAUGAAAAUCUGGCCACCACAACUGUACUUUCAGCAUGGAAGAAGAUGUUGCAGAAUUCCACUCCAAGUUCUCAGCCGAUGUCUUUUUUGGGAAUAUCUGUUGGCUUCCCGACCGUAACAGGAUGCCAGAUGACUGCCAUACAACGCCUCAAGAGUGAUAUGGGGCUCUAUGGUGGAGUAGACAUACCGAUCCAUCUGACCGUUCCAAAGAGCAGAAAGUGUAUUUCAGCCGUACUUUGGUUUCUCGUGGAGAAAAGUACGCCCCUGUCCGUAGAAGACGCUGAUUUUGUUUUGUUAUCACUUUUUAUGGAUCGAAAUAAUCUUUCGUUACUGUUGGUUCUCUCCGACGGGGGUGAGUUAAGUCUGAGAGUCGUGUUGCAGGGAAAUCGGGGUCAAACUUCAAAGAUUGUCCCUGUACCAUUCAUAAAAGUGCCGAGGGAGAAGUGGUGUAUGGUUGCAAUGUCAGUACUUUUGGGGCAUCGGGCAAAAACAUCAAUUUAUACAAAAAUACGCAUGGAUAUCAAAAUUUCAUUACAUGCUGCUUCUCAUGAUGCCGUUUCAUCUUCAACUGAGGCAACCCUCUGUAUUGAGAUUUCUCUUGGCGUAUUGGGAAGGGUGGAUCGUUGGCCGUGGAAGGUGUAUUCAGUCUGCUUGGGUGCCUCUUGUGCAUCUACGGAUGCUUGCCCGCAACAAUUACUCUUUGGGUCCCUCGGAAUGUUUGCGGGUCCCUUAUCUAAGUUGGAAAAGACAUCUCUGUUUGUGAUGGGGAGCGAUAAUCUUUUUUCCCUUUCUUUCAUGGACAGAAAUUUUGUCAUUGACCUGUAUCCCACCUUGGCGAACAUAAUGGAACGGGAAGAAGGGAAGCUUACGGAGGAACUUAUGUUGCUCUCAGCAGUGUGGAUACGAAGCGGAAUUCCUAACACGAAGGGUCAAGUUCGGUUUUCCAGAGCCCCCUUUCCGUUUUGUAAUUACUGCAGCAAGGAAUAUUUGCCUGUCGUUGUGGGUGUUUUUGGUGGUGAACUCUGCUUAGUGACACAGCCGGAGCGUCGUGGAAUUUCCGGUGACAUGGCUGAACGACAAGAUGCGGAUGUAACGUCAUGGAGUCCAGCGUUUUACCGCCUGACGAAGAUUGGAUCCGUGACACGGGUCUCUCUUAGACUCUCCACUGACGAGGAAAAUAUUCGCCACUUUGGAAGCAUGUGGGUGGAAGCAAACGGUCCACGAUUUCAUUCCGUGACGCCGAUUUAUUCUGCUCUGGAUGCUGUUGGGGGGAUUCCGUUUUUUCUCUGGCUGGCUUCGUUGCAGGCGCCACAUUCAAAAGCGUUUGAAGAGGUGUGGGAAUGUGUAUGCGCCAUUAUACUUGGACACUCACCGGAAAGUCUGUUGUGCCCAACACCAUCGCAUGGAGGCCGACACCUUGUAGUUGUACUAAGAGCAAUGCUGCAUGCUCGUAUAGCAAUAUCGGAGAAAACCGCGGCCUCAUUGUUUGAAGCCGUUGGACAUUGUUUAAUUGUGAGGGCAGACCUCUUAUCGCUUAUGCUUGACUUUACAUUAUGGUCUCAAGACGCCGAUGCGUUUCGCAUGGUGCUAUGCAAAUUAGAAAAAUACGCAGUGGAUCCUCAGUACGGUUCUUUCAAUAGUCAAAUUCUUCGGUUUGGAGCAAAUUCUCAAUUUGGGGUGAAUGGGUGUUAUGCCUUGGAGAAAUUUCUUAUGCAUCUUCUCAUGUAUUUUGCGGGUCACACUAAUGGUAACUGGGACACUUCUAUCAUUGGUUGCGCGAUGAGCUUUGUGACCGCCUUAUGUUGGAGGACUUCUCAUCUGAGAAAAAUCGUACAGGCCGUCAUCUGCCUGUUUAUGGGUAACGAGACACCUCAGUUGGUUCUUGUGGAAUGGGCGGUUGGACUACUGAAUGUCGUCCAUAGUGUCAUGAGGACGAGUGACCCUGGAAAGUUGAAAGAAGAUAAAUUUCUUUCUUCCAGUGUUGUGGCCCUCUUGAAAUGUUCGGAUGAGAUGGUGCGGUGCAAGGCCCUCCCCUUGUUUUCUUACUUGCUGAUACCGCGAGAGCAAAUUGUUGCCGCGGUAGAUGUGUACUUGACCCGAAAGGCGACGUUUCCAGAUUCUCCUUGUCUCUCUAAGAAGGAGCUUGACAUAAUUACGGAUGUGGUUCGGCGAGGCGCAAAAUUAGGCGAAACAGGGCGAGUACAGGCCCUCGUUUCAUUUCUUCUUGCGCUUUUUUUGCACCUGCCAACCGCUUUUCAGAUGCAGAUUAUGCAGCUUUUUCGCGAAGUCGUUGAAAAUAAAGGGUUAUCCUCACGUGACCUUCUUUGCGGUGCUGAGGGUGGUGAGUGUUUAGUGGAGCCGAUACCAAGUUACUUGAUUGGUAUUUUUCCCACCGUGGCAAGUGAAGGGUCUGCCGUGAUGGAGCCUUUUAUUGAGCUACUCACGGCCACGGCGGUGCAGAUGAUUAAAGUCUCAUGGGGUUCAGAAGAUGCUACUUGUAAACAUCUGCUCCGCGAUGCAAUACGGGUCAUUUUCCAGACGCUUCCAAUAAGGGGCGAAAACGAACAUGCGCGUGUAGGUGAGAUGGAUCUCAAUAGAACAGGAAUGUUUUUGAAUUGCUUUGGUGCGCCGUGCUUUCACAUGUUUGCCGUUCUCUCAAAGCGUGGCUGUUCCCUGUCGCUUGUGGACGAUUAUUUUUCUUUUAUCCGCUCCAAUGCAGACAUUGUGAUGCUCUUGAAUUGGUAUGAGAGUGAUGACCGGAGUUCCAAUGAGGCAACAUCACCGAGUGAUACGGGAAUACAUCAUACGAUACUUGCUCACACCUACUUGGUCCGACUUGGUAAGGUACUUGCUCUGAAGAGACAUCAGACGGGAUUACGCCUAACCCUACUUGUUUUGGAGUGUGCCCAGAAAUUAUUUUUUGAACUACAAUUGGGUGAUUUGUCAUGGAUGCCGCGAAAACGCAUAGAGAAGAUGAGUGAAGACUUAUUGCUUUUACAGUGGAGAAUUGUUGCUACGGUACUAUACGAUGCGGAGAAAACCGAUGAUGAUGUGGUGAAGGAAUUGAUGCUUUUGCACCUUGCCCACAGCGGAGUUGCCGAGUACGGUAUUCAUUACUCGCCGUGGGAGAAGCAUAAGGCACUUGUGGAGCCGCCGGAUGGCGCUGACUGGAAGCAUUUGUGGCUAUCACCAAACACGUUAUUGAUUGAACUUUUGAAUAAAACGCGUGGAGAAGCGUUGAAGGAGUAUGCCCCUUGGCUGAUUGUUUUGAGGGCCGCCUUUACGUUCCUCUAUACCCCGCUGCGUAGCAAUUCGAGUCGACUGAGCAUGGCUCUCUCUAUAUGUCGUCUCAUACGCUACAAUGCCGGUGUCUGGUCCCUUGUCAAACGAGGCGUCUCCUCAUGUUCUACAGCAGAGCUGGAUGGGGCUAUAAAGGCAGAUCAACAGGCUUUGGGUGCGGAGGAUGCGGCCACGUUCGAUGACUCGUUGUGGGGGAUUGAACUCUCAAAUAAUGGGGUGGCUGCCAUGGAGAAGUACAUUACAACAGCCCGCUCCAAGACCAUGCGAUCUUUGGAGCUUUAUGGCCCGGAGAAAAGGCCUUCUUUGCUCUCUAUGGACCCCAAGCAGGCGGUACAAUGCCACGAUCAAACCUCUGCCAAAAUACGUCAGUUUCAGGCCUUUAUUUGGAAGGAGGCGGCUCUUUACAAGAAAUGUGUGAAAGAAGAGGGGAGUGCGAUUAUUUCUGCCCACGCUGCCUACCGCUUCUCGUUGCUCCCGUGGUGGGGGCAUUGUAUCAGUCUCUACUCCAAGAGUCCGGUGCCGUUGGACCGCUGGGAGUUAGAUCGAUUUAUGGGUGCUGAGUGGCAACGCAUACGUCUGCGUCGUUUCAUUCACAAUGUGCGAAUGACGGAUACAGAAAGCAGCGACCAACUUUUGCGAGGCGUCUAUCGAGACGAUAUGGCUUCUACUGAUGAUGUUAGCCUUUUGCAUUUUUACUCUAUCACAGCAGUUCCACAGUUAUCAACGGUUGAUGGACCUGAAACAGUCUCCUUGGCUGUCAAGUGCAAACUGGUGCUUCCGAUGGAUCGUCUCCCUAUCAUUUUGUACAUAGCACCAAAGAAUAUAUCGUACAUUGUAGAUUGGUUUCAGCAUAGUCUAAUGCAGUUGGAGAAGGAGUCUACUGGCGAAUUAUUUCACUCGCAUGAUUCCGGACCAUCAACCUUUGCGGAGAUGCAUGAAUUGGAAAAUAGAUUGCCAAAGACGUUCAAGCACCAGCAAGAGUUACCGUGCCUUCGACGUGUGGUGAAGGUCUCUUCUAUACGUGCCGUGUGGCCGCGUCGCAAUUUGCUUCAACCCCGUGCAUUGGAGUUGCUUCUCUUCAAUGGAGAAACCCUGUUCCUUGCGUUCGACUCGGAAGAGAUGAAAAAAGCUGUGAUUGAAAGCAUCACCCACUACGCCCGACCCCACCUUGACAAGAAUUUAAUGCUGACGGAAAAUAAUUUGAGGAUGUGGCGCAACUGGUGGUGCGAGGGCCGCAUUUCCAACUUCCACUAUUUGAUGUACUUGAACUUUGCGGCAGGUCGCUCGUAUGGGGAUUUGCGACAGUAUCCCGUGUUUCCCCACGUCGUGGCGGACUUUCUCUCUGACACGCUGGAUUUGUCAUUGCCCACCGUCUACCGCCGGUUUGACAGGCCGAUGGGGGCGCAGACGCCGGAACGCGAAUCGAAGGCCAUUCAAAAGUACGAUGAGAUGGCUGUGCUACCGAAAACGGAAAGAAAUGUGCCCAUCGAAUUGAUUCCCUACCACCACGGCUCUCACUACUCCCCUGUUGGAGGGGCACUUCACUUUUUGGUUCGCGUGCAGCCCUUUUCAGACUACUUCUUGGAUAUGAACUCCAAGUUAGACGAUGCGGGUCGUGUUUUUGACUCCAUGGCCACAGCGUACUUCAUCUCAACAGGUAAGGAUGUGAAGGAGCUCCUGCCAGAGCUCUAUUGUUUGCCGGAGAUGUUUCUCAAUUUGAAUCGAAUUCCUUUUGGGGUGAAACAGGACGGGAGAAUUGUAAAUGAUGUGCAUUUGCCUCCAUGGGCAUCUACGCCACGUGAGUUAACGCAGAAGUUGCGGCAGGCACUUGAAAGUCGUUACACCUCUGAAAAUCUGCACUCCUGGAUUGAUUUGGUGUUUGGCUACAAGCAACGGGGUAAAGAGGCUGUGACGGCUGUAAAUGUAUUUCACCCGCUAACAUACGAGGGAUUUAUUGAUCUUUCCAAAAUUAAAGAUCCGGUUCUCUUGUCUGGUCAUGAAGCACAAAUUGAUUGCUACGGUCAAGUUCCUUUGCAACUUUUUACACAGCAACACAAAGCGCGAGGGAAGUCAACAGACCCUUCAUUCCUUCAAAGCCCAUGCCCAACACUGCGCUACGAGGCCUCCAAUUCACGCUCCUGUAUCGUGCUUCACCCUGAAAACCUCACACCAAUAUUAAAUGCCUCAAAGGUAGACGGCACCGUCGUUGUAUUUCCCCGCACAAGACCUUCCACAUCUGCCCGGGGUGCAGAAGAGUCGAGUGAGUGGAAGUUCCCUCUGAUCCACCCACGACCUAUGGCAUUACCAAAGGAUUGUUUGGCGUUUACAGUGGUCAAUGAUCAACUGAAAGAUUGUCUUUUCCUUCGGGGGAACUGCAUUGUACUUGUGGACGGUAAAGAUUUAUCCCGCGAAAUGUGUUCUUUUCACCUAGGCAACGGAAGGGCCACAACAUUUACUGUCGACACGCCGAAUGUUUAUGUUGGAAUGGCAUCUGGUGCAAUCCAUGUGCUGACGAUCAACAAUGAAGAAUGGACGGAGGUGGAGCAACCUAUUCAGGAGGAAGUUGGAAACAAAAACAGCAUGAUGCGUGAGGCGGAAAAAGCACCACAGAAAGAAAAGAAAAUGAUGCGAAAUAGGGGUGCCGUUCGGCGUCGUGUGUUUGUCUUAUAUGGGCACAUGGAGCCUGUGACCGCACUUUGCGUCUCCGCCGAGUGGGGAAUUUUAGUUUCCACAGCAGAGGAUUAUAAAGUGGCGGUGUGGGAUACGGCACGCCUUGUUCUCCUCCGCACUAUUCCUUUUCCGUGUCCGACAGCAAAAGAUCCGGAGUCUCUUUUAUCUGCCAACAUUUGGCUACAAGGAUGUGGCAGCGACGAUCCCUGGCUUUAUGAUCUUGUUGCUGUGAACGCAAAGGAGGGUGACAUUAUUUUGGCUGGUUGUUCUCUAAACAGCGAGCAUGCCGUUCGACUUUAUACGCUCAAUGGCUCCCUUGUUGCUUCGUAUGAAAUUGAAGAAGGACCCGCGAGUGCCCUUCUCUCCGUUGGUGGAGUUGUUUUUGUCGCACAAGGAACUGCUGUUCGCGUCCUGAGGGAACGAGAUUUACAGUGGUUGUGUAACAUCCAUCACCCGAGCAUUGAGGACUCCAUCAAAUCCCUGGCACUUAGCCCCAACGGCACGAUUUUGGCUGCGUGUGAUCGAAAGUCAAAUCUUGUCACAUGGAGGGUAGGCAUCUGA